CCGAAUACAGUGCCAGGAUGGGGGCUUGACGUCGUGACUCCCACAUUUAUGUCCCAAAUCUCUGCAUGACAUUAUCUUCGAGUUCUGUAUUUAUGCUGGACUGCUUAGGACUCAACCGUUGACUUCCUUCCGGCUGCUUCUGAGCCAGCCAAACGUCAGUGGAGAAAAGGUGUCACCAUUUACAACGGCCCUUCGGGAAGAGGACCGAGAACAAGGACCCCGAAAAUUUCCGACCUGACGUGAGUCACGAGUUACUCAGCCGCCUUUCCCGAGCCGGGCUGCCGCGCCCCGGAGAUUAACCAAGAUUUCACUUUCAAGAUGGAAAGCCCAUCGGUUUCAGCUGUGACAUCACCAAGCACUCCACAGACCCCUGUGCAUCCACCCUGUUCCCGUAGGAGCAGCUCAGGAAAACAACCUAUGAGUGCAACCCUUAGAGAAAGAUUGAGGAAAACGAGAUUUUCAUUUAAUUCCAGUUACAGUGUGGUAAAACGUCUUAAAGUAGAUGAUGAAGAAAACGAUCAGCACCUUUCAGAGAAGCCACCCUCCUCCAUGGAAGAAAACUGUUUGGAAUCUCAAGAAAGAUUUAAACACAAAGACAGGGAAGCUAAAGAAAGUACAGAUUUGGAAAACACUUUCAGGAGCAUCAACGCUUGUGACUCGGCCUCACUUGUCAUGAGGUCAGACAGCGCUCUUGAGAAUGAGUUAGUGAAGGAGAAUCUUCCUAAAGAAACAUUAAAGGAGGAAAGAACAAAGCUGGUGAAGCAGAUUCAGGAAAAAGAAGAUCUUCUUCGGAGGCUAAAACUAGUCAAAAUGUAUAGAUCAAAGAAUGACCUGUCUCAAUUACAGUCAUUAAUAAAGAAAUGGCGAAGCUGUAGCCAGCUGUUGCUUUAUGAACUGCAGUUGGCUCUGUCUGAAGAGAACAAGAAGUUAAGCAUUACUCAACUGAUAGACCACUACGGGUUAGAUGACAAGUUGAUACACUAUAAUAGAAGUGAAGAAGAAUUCAUAGAUGCUUAGUAUAUACUUUCUUCCCAGAAUGUCUUUGAGGAUGGCAACUUAAUGAAAUAUUUGCACAUUUCAGGGCUUAAAAGAAAAGUUUCUGAUAAACAUCAGCAUAGGGCCCUCUAUUGUAUAAAUACAGACUAAAUUCUAAAGUGAGAAGUAAGUAUUUUGGGUAUCUUGGCCAAAGGAAACUUGACAAUUAGGGAAAUGUGCAAAAAGUUUAGAUCAUGUUAAAGAAGUAAUUUGGAUAAUUCUGGGAACCAGUUUGUAUAUAUUUUUU